AGACAUAUAUGUUCGGAGGUUGACGCAGCGGAUCUGCACUGCAAGCGACUCACGAGACGGACCGACGGCCGGCCGCCGGCACUCCCCCCACCACCCUCUUCCACUUCCACGCAUAUAAGUAAUCCAAAUCCUUCCCAAACCUCCCCAUCCCACCAUUUCUUCUUCGUCCGCCGUUGAUGCGAUCCCUCUCCCCCUUCCUCCUCCUCCUCCGAAUCCAUAACCGCGUCCCCUUCUCUUCCUUGCCCUCGCCUUCGAUCCGCUCCCGAUUUCGUCCCUCGAAGCGAUAUUUAUCGGAUCUCGGCUUCUCUGAGAAGCUUCCUUCGGUCGCCGCCGCUGAUCGGAGGGGUUCGCCUUCGAGAUCGACCUCCCUUGCUCGCUGCGCCGCGGAUCCUUCGUCCCCCACGGUUGGUGCAGGCAUGGAGAUGGUGGCGAAGGCGGCGGCGGCCUCUGGAGAAGGCUCCGUGGCCAGGCGGUUCUGGAUCGGCUCCUGGAAGGAGGCCCUGUUUGCGUCGUAUACCCCCUUCGUGGUGUGCCUCGCCGCGGGGAAGCUGAACAUGGACACCUUCCGCAACUACAUUGCCCAGGACGUGUACUUCCUCAGGGCGUUCGCUCAAGCCUAUGAGAUGGCAGAAGAAUUUGCUGAUGAUGAUGAAACCAAGGCUGCAAUCACUGAGCUGAGGAAAGCUGUUCUUGAUGAGCUUAAAAUGCAUGAUUCAGUCGUCCAAGAAUGGGGAAUCGACCCCACCAAAGAGAUAAUUCCCAACCCAGCAACACUAAAGUACACUGAGUUCUUGCUUGCGACUGCUGGUGGGAAAAUUGAAGGUGGGAAAGGACAUGGGAAAAUAGUUACUCCCUUUGAGAAGACAAAAAUUGCUGCCUACACAGUUGGUGCUAUGACCCCUUGCAUGAGGCUUUAUGCAUUCUUGGGCAAAGAGCUUCAGUUGCAUUUGCAAUAUGAGGGAAAUGGUCAUCCAUACAAGAAGUGGAUUGACACUUACUCCUCUGCAGGUUUUGAGGCAUCUGCCGUUCAAAUAGAAGACUUGCUUGACAAACUGAGUGUUUCAUUGACUGGCGAGGAGCUUGAAAUAAUAGAAAAGCUUUGGUGCCAUGCUAUGAAACUUGAAAUUGAAUUCUUCAAUGCUCAGCCAAUUGUCCAACCGGUGGUUGUUCCAUUAACAAAACUGCAUGAUCCGACAAAUCAUCUGGUUAUUUUUUCUGAUUUUGACUUGACUUGCACUGUGCUCGACUCCUCUGCCUUACUAGCUGAGAUUGCAAUCUUAACCGCAUCCAAGCCUGGUCAGAGUGGGACUGAUACUUUGAGUGUUCAGAGGUCACCUUCAGAUGUGAGGAACUCCUGGGAUGUUCUUUCUAAGCAGUAUACUGAGGAGUAUGAGCAAUGUAUCGAAAGCUUACUUCCACCAGAGCAAGCAAAGAUAUUUGAUUAUGAAAGCCUUUACAAAAGCCUUGAGCAGUUCUCCAAUUUUGAAAAACAAGCAAAUUCUAGGGUCAUAGAGUCAGGAUUGCUGAAGGGAAUGAAUUUAGAAGAUAUCAAGAGAACUGGGGAGUGUUUGACCCUCCAAGAUGGCUGUAAAGAAUUUUUUCAGAAUGUUGUAAAGAUAAAACAAAAACUUAAUGCCGAGUUCCACAUACUGUCAUAUUGUUGGUGCGCAGACCUUAUAAGAUCAGCUUUUUCUUCAGUUGGUUGUCUAAAUGAGUUGGGCAUACACUCGAAUGAGUUCAACUACGAUGGAUCUGUUUCAACGGGUGAAAUUCUCAGAAUGAUGGAGUCUCCCUUGGACAAGGUUAAGACAUUCAAAAGCAUCAUAGCCAACCUUGCCAGUGAAGAAAAGCAUUUGUCUGUCUACAUUGGGGAUUCAGUUGGUGAUUUGCUUUGCUUGCUGGAAGCAGAUGUUGGUAUCGUCAUAGGAUCAAGCUUAAGCUUGAGGAGAGUUGGGGAGCAAUUUGGUGUGUCUUUCGUUCCGCUCUACUCUGGUUCGAUAAAGAAACAACGGGAAGUUAUAGAGGAUGCUAAUGUCUGGAAGGGAGGGUUGUCUGGUGUUGUCUACACAGCGUCUAGCUGGACAGAUAUACAUGCAUUUCUUUUGGGGGCAUAGCUCUCUCUCUCUCUCUCUUAGACUGCUUUUCUUCUUUGUUGCUUUUAAGAAAUGGUACAAGAACUUGACGAAGUAUUUGUAAGUCAAUUAAUUCGUGGCUAGUUUUGUGAAGCCACAGUCGAGUAGUUUUACAUAAUUUCCUCCACAUUUGCAUUGAUCCAAAGGGGAGUAGCCAUCGGCCUUGCAUUGGUUCUCAGGACUGGUGACAAUUUGGAUCAGGUGACAAAUAAAUAGCCAAGGUUCAGAUUUUACAUGUAUUUGUUUGUAAUAUUUUGGGCAAUAAGAAAAGAUGUUACACAGCAUUUUGUAGGCCAUUUAACUUGAUAUAUGUACCGACCUUUAGCAUAAGGUUUGAGCCACAAUAUUUGGGUUAAAUAAGGUUUGAGCCACUGUAUUUUGGUUAAA